CCCCUCCUCCUCCCCUCCGGGAGCCAUCUACAUACGACACUCGCCUCCCCCCCUUCCCCUUAUCGCCUCCAGCAGCCAUCAUACUAACGUAGUAAGGUGCGUAUAUGUAUGAACAGUUGGCAACCUUCGUUACGGGCGUCCCUUGUGAGCUAUCAUAUAUCUAUCUAUUGCCUCUGCGGGCGUGGAGACACCUCUCCAAUGGCUGCCUGCGGCUUAUGCCUCUCUGCCGUCUCGUAGCCAAUGGCGCCCUCCAUUCCCCCGCCACUACGCACUUCUCGUCACAGCGCCGGGUUACUCCAUUUGUAGGUGACAUCCCCCGAUGCCGAGAUGGAACUCGAGCCUCGCAGAUCGCCAUCGAGGAGCGAGGACGCGGCACGGCGAUUGGCUCGCCACUCAGGUUCUGCGGCUUCAACGUCGGAGGCGUAGCGCUCAGAACUCCGGCGUCCAACCAGAUACCUCUCGCAUUUAUCCCCCAUGCAAUCGUAUGAGCGGCGAAACCUCCCAGGUUGUGGUAUCAUUGCUUUUGUCUCUCCCCUUCCCCUCUCUUCUUUUCCCCCGCUGCUCACACGGCACCUCUUACACCAAUCUGAGUGUCGGGAGAAGUGUAUAUAACAAUGCCUACCUACCUACCUGUCUAGUUAUCCAUCACUCUCUCUCUCUCUCCGUCACAGAUGAGAUAGAUACGGUGACCGCACGCAAUAAUAACCCCGUCGAACAAAUGGCCCCUGAACCAAAGCCGAUAGAAAUGAAGAGCCUCGCAGCCUCGCAGGACAACCAGUCGCCCGCUCCGGCCGACUACGACGAGAAGCGGCCUCCGCCGCCCCCCAAGGCCGAGACCAAGGUUUCUCGCCGCGAGUCGGAGGCCAAUUCGUAUGGAAACCUCAUCGACUCCCCCCUAUUCCUGUUCGCGGACUACCUGAUGAUCCCCGUGCUGCCGUCGGUGAACCGCCACUAGCUCGCUGCCGCUGCGCCCGUCGCCGGGAGGGGGGAGGCGAAUUGUGUCGUCCCCCCGGCUCGCGUCCGCCCCUCCUCCUUUAUAGACGUCUUCUAGGGCGGUCUCGCCGCCGUUGGGAGGAGCCCAGGGAGAUUUGAGGGCUGACCUGCACUUGGGGCCGCCGGUUCGCCGCACGCGACGGGGAAAGGGGGGGGGCCUUCGCGCUGCUCCUGGUCCCCCGCGCUGCCCACCACAACAAUUCGG